AGCUUAUCUUGGCAUUAAAAACAUUUGACCUAGUAAUGAUAAUGAAAACGACAACUGUGACAAGCGCUCUAAUGUUAGAGAUGUUUUUCUACAGUAUUGUGGGCGAUUAUCUGAAGUGUCAAAUGGAAGAAAUUGCGUACUCGAUCUACAGCUGCAAUUGGUACAACUUUCCAUUGAAUUUAAUGAGAAAUGUAGUGUUCGUCAUUAUGCGGUCGCAACAACCUGUUCAGUUCGUAGCCGGCAGAUUUUUCGUCAUAAACUUAGAGAGUUUUAUGACCAUAUUAAAAAGCUCGCUCUCGUACUUAUCCGUCCUGAGGGUAAUGGUGGACGCGUAAGACGUAGGUAUUUGUUGAAAAACUCAAAAAGAUAACAUUGUACACACGUAGGCAAUAUUAUUUUGUAAAAUUGUUACAAAACACAAUGAUGCAGAAUAUGCUUGUAAUUCAAAAUUUAAAUAAAAUUAAAUUCUUUAUCACGUUUGUAAAUAUAUUAUACAUCACAGUAACAUAUCACUUAAACAAAUUUUGCUACGACGUGUGAUUUGCAAUUGCCAAAAUGCGAUUGCUGCAUACAAUUUGUUAACUGUCAAGUAAGCAAUAUAUCAAUAACUU